AUGGCACCCAACACUGCCCUUAAGCGUGCUCGUUCGCCAAGCGCUGGCCGCCGCAGACAACUUCUUCUUCCUGCAAUUCUUCAACACAUCCAAGGCGCUCGCAACGAAUCAAACUCGGCCACCUUGAAUUCCAUCAACGACUCUGUCAGCAUGUCAUCAUCCAUCGACCUUUCUGAUCUUUCGGACGCACUCGACUCUCCCAUCUCAUCAGAUCAACGCAAGGAGCUGGCCAAGGCUAGAGGGGUUCGGUUCAACAAGAGAGUCAGCAUUGUCGAAAUUCCAGCACCUGAGCAGAUCCAACCCCGUCGCGUCAGCUUCAGCGACGAGGUCAUCGACAUCGGUACGGCAGAACUCACACAUUUUUCACCUUCGCCUAGCCCACCUAAGAAGCGCGUUCGCUUUGGCUGUCUCAAGACCAGUGUGCGCAAGCAUCUCUCGCACACAUCCAUCUACAAGAUGAAGAACUUUGAGACCAUCAGCCCUCUUAUGACACACAAGAAGAGAGUCCGCUUCAGCUGCAUGAAAUGCGAGGCUCCUGCUACCACUCAGACCAACAGCGAAGUGACUGAGCUGCUGGCUGAAGAGGGUGCGACUUUCAAGCGUGAGAAGAGAAGAGACUCCAUUUGGGAUGGCGACAGUGAGAUGUCCGAACAGACUUCUUGCUCUGAAGAUGUUGAGGAGGGUUGA